AGAAGCACGGUUUCGGACAUCACGAGGUGCAGAGCAAAAUAUAUACAAGCAAAUAUCGACAUAAAAAUAUUUCCUAUUUCUGAUCCAAUAAUUUCCUUUCCAUUUUUCUUCCCGGUUUCUCUCGUACAUAAAAUUCUGCUUCUGGGUUUGGGUCAAAUCCCAAACGAAGAUGGAACUUGACAUGGAAACUAUGGCUGCAUCGAUCGGCUUAUCGGUUCCAGUGAUUCGGUUCCUUUUAUGCUUCGUGAUGACUAUACCGGUCAGUUUUCUAGGGCGACUUGUUCCGACUGGAUUAGCUAAACACGUGUACUCGGCCAUUACAGGAGCGUUGCUUUCCUAUCUGUCAUUUGGGUUUUCUUCGAAUCUGCAUUUUUUGGUGCCCAUGUUGUCGGGUUAUGCUGCAAUGGUUCUUUAUCGGCCCAAGUGUGGAAUUAUCACUUUUUUCUUCGGUUUUGGUUAUUUGAUUGGCUGCCAUGUAUAUUACAUGAGCGGGGAUGCAUGGAAGCAAGGAGGCAUUGAUGCCACUGGUGCAUUGAUGGUCUUGACAUUAAAGGUCAUUUCAUGUGCAAUGAAUUACAAUGAUGGGAUGUUGAAAGGGGAAGAUUUACGCGAGACUCAGAAAAAACAUAGGUUGAUUAGGCUACCUUCAUUGAUUGAAUAUUUUGGGUACUGCCUGUGCUGUGGCAGUCACUUUGCUGGUCCAGUUUAUGAGAUGAAGGAUUACCUUGACUGGGCUGAAGGGAAGGGGAUUUGGGCUCAUUCCGAAAAAGGACCAUCACCAUCACCAUAUGUAGCAACACUACGCGCGCUUGUCCAAGCUGCUUUUUGCAUGGCAAUGUAUUUUAACCUUGCACCAUAUCACCCGUUGUCUUGGUUUACUGAUCCUGCAUACCACGAAUGGGGAUUCUGGAGGAAACUGAGUUACCAGUAUAUGUCUGGCUUUACAAUGCGGUGGAAAUAUUAUUUCAUCUGGUCAAUUUCAGAGGCUGCUAUUAUCAUAUCUGGCCUGGGUUUCAGUGGAUGGACAGAAUCUUCACCCCCAAAACCAAAGUGGGAUCGAGCAAAGGUUGUUGAUAUCCUAGGAUUUGAGUUAGCAAAAAGUUCAGUGCUGUUACCACUUGUUUGGAACAUACAAGUCAGCACCUGGCUUCGUCAUUAUGUUUAUGAGAGACUUGUUAAGAAGGGAAAGAGGCCUGGUUUUUUCCAGUUGCUGGCCACACAGACUGUCAGUGCUGUUUGGCAUGGUCUGUAUCCCGGGUACAUCAUAUUCUUUGUUCAGUCAGCUUUGAUGAUUGCCGGUUCAAGAGUUCUCUACCAAUGGGAAAAAGCUAUACCUUCAAAUAUGGGUCUUGUGAAGAAAGCAUUUGCCUUGAUGAAUUUUGUUUACACACUUUUGGUUCUGAACUAUUCCUGUGUUGGCUUUAUGGUAUUAAGCAAGCACGAGACACUUGCAUCGUAUGGGAGUGUGUAUUAUAUUGGAACCAUCCUUCCGAUAGCGUUCAUCAUGUUGGGCUACAUAAUUCCUGUAAAGCCUGCCAGAUCUAAAGAUCGUAAAGAGCAGUGAGUACCGAGUAAAGCUAAAGCCACAUUUCUUCGGAUGGAGUUAGAUUACCACUGCAAGUUUCAGGCAUCGUUUCAUGUUAUUGAAUGGUAGGUUUUGCAUAAGGAUUAUGAAAAAUAAAAGAAAAAAAAAACUAUUUCCGAAUCUUUUAUUUUUCAACAUUUAUCGUCAUUUAUCAAACAAAACAUCUCUGGCAAUUCCUUUCA